AUGUGCUUCGGCAGCAAAGUCAACCCGGAAGUCGGCCACGGUGCACAGAGCCACGACCAUCCUCGCCCCCAUCCACUUGACUCUGACGAGCAAAAUUUGACGAAGAAGCCUGUAAAAAAGUCGAGCGGGUCAGGAUGGUUAGCCAAUACACCGCAUGGCAGGAGCAAGGCUAUUCAGAAGAAUUUGACUGAGCAACAGAAGAGCGGGGCCCGGCCAACGUGA